AUGGGUGUAGCAUGUGACGGCGAGUCACGUGGUACCAACGGCAAUCCCCAUUGCUCCAAGCCAAGUGUCACCAAGGGUUCCUCAGCCAUGAAUAUGCCCCAGUCAUUCGGCUCUGCCAUGGGCUUCUCCCUGUCAGAAACCCUUCCAGCUGCCAGCCUGCCUAGCCUGUCGCGGAACGGCUCUGAUCGAGGCCCGCUGCUGACAGCUGAAGACAGCAUCACCUAUUUGGCUCCCACCGCCGAUACUAAUAAAUGCUGGCCCAUCCGGCCCACAUUACGAAAUGAGCUGGAUACCUUCUCCGUGCAUUUCUAUAUCUUCUUUGGGCCCAACAUCUCCAUCCCUCCAGACCGGGCAGCGGUGUUUGCCAUCAAUCUGAUGCCAGUGCUUGACAGUGGAGGAGUCCUCAACAUGGAGCUCAAGCUCAACGUGUCUUCAGCAAAAGGGGAGAACAUGACUGUCUUUGGCUGCCUGAACCAUGGAAUGCCGCUGGCACUUCGGGACAACUCCUCCGUCAAAUGCGAAUCUGAAGCUGUUUCAGGCUUUCUUCUAUCCGUGAACACCACUUCGAACAUUACCAAGCUGCGGAUUCCAUACCCGCAGACUGGAACCUGGUACCUCAGCCUCCGAUCUCUAUGCUCCACAGAGCACGGGUUUGAGGCAUGCACUAAUAUAACAGCAGAGGUGUAUCUUCGCUCAUACCUGACCCCAUGCAUCAAUGACUGCGGCACUUACGGCCAGUGCAAGCUCCUCCGCACCAACAACUACCUGUAUGCUGCAUGCGAGUGUAAAGCAGGCUGGGACGGCUGGGGUUGUACAGACAAUACAGAGGCUUAUUCGUAUGGAUUUCAACUACUGUCCACCCUGCUGCUCUGUCUGAGUAACCUGAUGUUUGUUCCGCCCGUGGCCAUCGCCAUCCGCAGCCAUUAUCUGCUGGAGGCCUCCGUCUAUAUCUUCACCAUGUUCUUCUCUACUUUCUAUCAUGCGUGUGAUCAGCCAGGCAUUGUGGUUUUCUGCAUUAUGGAAUACGAUGUCCUCCAGUUCUGUGAUUUUCUCGGCUCCCUCAUGUCUGUAUGGGUCACUGUCAUUGCUAUGGCCAGACUCAAAUCCAUCAUCAAGCAGGUGCUGUACCUGCUCGGGGCAAUGUCUCUGUCCAUGGCCCUGCAGCUGGACCGCCAUGGCCUAUGGAACCUGCUAGGCCCCAGCCUCUUUGCCUUGGGCAUAAUGGCCAUUGCCUGGACUGUGCGUACCAUCCGCCGUCGCCGCUGCUAUCCACCCACCUGGAAGCGCUGGGUCUUCUUCCUCUUCCCAGGCACCAUGAUCGCCACGUCGGCCGUGGCACUGUAUGCCUUUGUGGAGACAGAGGAGAACUACUUCUACAUCCACAGCAUCUGGCACAUGCUGAUCGCAGGCAGUGUGGGCUUCCUGCUGCCACCACGCGCCAAGCCCGACGCCAAAGUGACCCCACUGAAGCGCCGCCGAGGCUGUGGCUACCAGCUCUGUGUCAACGAGCACGAGGAGAUGGGCCUGGUGGAUCCGGCCAUCAUCACCAUCAACAGCAUCUGCACCAGCUGAUAACACUCCACACGCUUCUCAAACACACGGACAUCUGUUUGCCUUUUCUCUCCUCCCUUUGGAAUUGAAAAAAAAGGGAAAACAAAGCCAGAGAACUCGUCAUCACACUGUAAAUAAAAUCGGACUGAGGGAACACGUAAAUACACUUGAGUUGUUUUCUGUUUGUUAUGUUUACUUUUGAUUUCUUUAUUGUUACUACUCUUAUUAGCAUUUUUUCCAUUGCUGGUAUGUUGGGAUGGUUUGUGGUGGUAACAGUAUUGCACUGUUGUUUCUUUUUAAGAAGUCUAAGCUGAACAUGCUGCUGCUAUUUGACGGUGACUGUACAGACGUGUCAUGUAAUUAUUUAUUGUUAACUCUGGAAUCCAAAAAGACCAAAACUAUUUUAGGGUUUGGCUGACAUUAGAGAAGACAGUUUGUGGAUAUAUAUUUGAGUGGCCUCUUCCAAAGUCCACGCUUGUUGUUUACGUUCUUGCUUAAAGUUGACGUGAAACGGAAAUCACAGCGCGUUUUCCUUUCAUACAGUGAUGUAUUUCUGAGAGGAGGUCUACCACGUGGCCCAACAAAAUAUUGAGUUCCGGGUUGGGCAACGGCCUGUUUGUCACAUACACAUUCACAGAGUCAGGGAAAUGUUUGUGAAAACAUUCUAACCUGGUUGUAACAUCAGAUCAAAAGUACACUGGCCACAUACAGUUUUGAGCUUGUGAUAGCCUUUUGAGCUACGAUGGAACUAAUGUCGCCUCUUCAGUGACACAUUUACUGUGGACGCAGCUAUUCUGCAGAAACAACAUCAGUAUCUCAGUCCUUGCUCCCAGC